AUGGAAAUGGAUAUAGAUUAUCCUUCAACAACAACAACAACAACAACGACAACAACAACAACAACUACUACUACAACAACUCCUAAUAAUAAUAAUAUUAAUAAUAAAUAUAUAUUUGGAAUCGAUUGCGGAAGAUCAUCACAUGUAUCCAUCGAUGAACACGGUAAAACUCACUCAUUCUCUGUCCAUGAACAUUAUCUUAACUUAAGAAGUCGUUUCAACUCGGAAGCUCAAAAGAAAAUGUUGGGUCCAGCCAUGUUAAAGUUUGAAAGUCUAAUUCCACCUAGUAAGAAUAUCAAUGAUAUCUGUUUGGAUAGAUCACUGAUUAGUAACAGGAUUAGUUAUCUUAGAUUACACCCAACAACAACAAAAAACUAUGUCAACAUUAGAUUAGAUGAGUACAACCUAAUAAUGAAGAAGAAUAACUACUACAAUAAGCUCUUUAUUGGUUCUGCCAAGUUCAGCCACAACAGUCGUGGCCAAUCUUCUUUCAUUUCUUCAGCCACUCUCUACAAGUGGGUGAAGAAAAAAAAACAUAAAGCAUUGUGGAUCAAUGAAUGCUACACCUCAAAAGUUCAUAAUGCAUGUUGGAACAAGACGGAAAAGGAAAUUCUUGCUAAACUUAACAACAAAGUUAGCAAUAUGAAAGAUCCUCCGCCAUGUGCUCUUUCAAGUGGACCAUACUCCAAAUCAGUUAGCAUCGAUAGAAAUCAAGUAGCUGAGUGUCACAAGCAACUAUCAACACUACACCAGACAGUCACAGGAUACAUAGAUGGUACGAAUAAAGUCAAUAGUUCUACUAAUAAAAGUAAUGAACGAUUUGACUAUAUGAAACACCACUCUUUGUAUUCCAAUCAAAUGUCUGGAAACAAUGUAAAUGUUGAUGGCUUGGCUAAGGAUCAUCCGAUCCUGAAAGUAUUCCAAGAGAAAAAAUGGAAAAGGCCACUCUGUCGCUGCUGUGGUCACUUCUACCACCGGGAUAAGAACGCUUCUAGAAACAUCUUACUUCUUGGGUUACUCAGUGUUCGAUAUCAAUUCCGACCAGUCGUGUUCCAAUACAUCAAAUUUAUUAACAAAUAG